AUGACAGGUGCCGCCUAUUCCCAAAUUAUUGACUCUGUAUACGCAAAACAUGAAUACGAAUACGUUGCUAACUACAAAGUGUUGCAAACGGCUUUUGACAAACACAAGGUUGAUAAAACUAUUCCAGUUGAGCGUCUUGUCAAAUGCAAAUUUCAAGAUAAUCUUGAAUUUUUGCAAUGGAUGAAGAGGUAUUGGGAUACUUACUAUCCCGGUGGACCAUAUGACGCUGUUGCAAGACGUAGUACUGCUGCCGGACCUGUGAAAGCGGUUUCUGGUGGUGGCAUCGUCCGAACAAUGCCAAAAAGAACAACGCCCACUGCUUCAGCUGGUGGUCGUGUUCCAACCUCAGGCCUACAUGACAACAGCCAAACUUCAAUUGUGAAUGAAUUGAAUAAGGAAAAUCUAGAACUUAAACAAACUAUAGAUGGCCUCGAAAAAGAACGUGAUUUUUAUUUCGGUAAACUUCGUGAUAUCGAAAUCUUAGUCCAACAGCGAAUCGAUAGUGAACCUGACAAUCAAUUAUUGAAGGAUAUUCAGUCUAUUCUUUAUAGUACGGAGGAUGGCUUUGAAGUCCCUCCUGAAGGUGCUGUACAAGAAACAGAAUAUGAUGACGAAACCUUUUAA